AUGCCAGAGGCCUCGGGAAAGCGGGUCGAGGCGACUCCAGGGACGGCGGCUGGCCCGAGGGUCAGGGCGCUGCCUCCAAGGCCAGCUGUCCGAGAAGAUCUCCUCCAUCGAUCCCCCAGCGGCUGGGUGCAUCUCCACAACGGUAUAGGAUACGAGUGUGAUACAAAUAUUACCAUACAGAUCGCCGAAUGGAGCCUUGGGAAAGAGGCUGCAGUACCCAUAUUCUUAAACUUAUACAAUAAGGUAUGUGAUUGUAUGGGCUCUCACAAAGACACAUGUACUUUGCUCACUCGACCCCCGAUGCGACAAUAUCACAGACCUUUGUAUAUGUGUCUUCAUGCGAAGACGGUGUCCAUCAACAUCAUCGAGGAGGACAGCUACGAGAAGGACGUCCUAUUCUACGUGGACAUCGGCGAGCCACAAGCCAUUGGAGAUACUCCGGAAAUUAAAAAGAAACAAGUGAAAGAAGACAUUGACUUCGACCUAGGUUUCGAAUUCGCCAACAAGGAGAGCGACCUGACCGAGGAGGAGAAGAUCGCGCUGCUUGGCAAGCCUAAGCUCGGCAACUCGACUCGCACACAGAUCAGGGUCAAGGAGAACAAGGAGUACAAGAAUAUGGUUGACAAGUUGGUGAAGAAGGCUAACGCAUCUCUCCUUGUUGGAAGCUCCUCUUGGAGGGAACAGUUCAGUGAAGCCAUCACGGUCCAACCUGGUAAGUCCUGGAGGUUCUGGUUUUCUCCUUUUUUCGUAGAGGGAAAUGAUUCUCAGUAACACCCUAGAACUUUUGUCGAUUCACCUCGCCAUGAAAUGCAUCUGAAUUUUUUUUUCUCUCUCUCUCUCUCCACAAUCACUCCCACCCCAACAGACAUCGCCAAGGGUUACCCAACGUUUGUAAUCUCUAUUUUGGGCAUUGGUCUUCUUACUGCCUUUAUCGGUGACUUUGCCUCUCACUUCGGCUGUUCUAUUGGCCUGAAGGACUCGGUGACAGCCAUUGCCUUUGUGGCUUUGGGUACCAGUGUUCCAGAUACCUUUGCCUCAAAGGUGGCCGCCCAGCAGGAUCCCUACGCUGACGCCUCUGUGGGUAACGUCACGGGCUCCAACGCUGUCAACGUGUUCCUUGGUAUUGGUAUCGCAUGGACCCUUGCUGCUAUCUACCACAAUGUCCAAGGAAGAGACUUUGAAGUCUUGCCUGGCAACUUGGCCUUCUCAGUGACACUGUUCUGCGUGGAGGCAGCAGUAGCCAUUAUGGUGAUGAUGAUCAGGCGACACCCAAGCGUCGGCGGAGAGCUCGGCGGGCCAAGAAUCCCCAAGAUUUUGACGUCCACCUUCCUCGCCUUCUUGUGGGUCUUCUACGUGUUCAUGUCCUCCCUGGAAGCGUACGACAUCAUCCCCUCUCUAUGAAUAAUCCGUUCCGGUUGUGAGGACGUCGCAAGGCUGAUGGGCAACGUGCCAUGGCGGGCGAUGAGGUUCUACCGCGACCUCUGCCCGAGCUUGGCCGGUCAAAAGCAGCGUAGACUAGCUAACCAUUGCCAUUAUCCGCCGUGCGGCCUAAGCGGCAGCGUUGUGUGAGUGACUACUACGUGUGAUGUCCUCCACUAUCACCACCAACACCUCCACCUCUUCCACCACCAAAAUUACAUCCGGUCCUGUGUCAUCCAAAGGGCCUGUUUCUAGCUGUCAUGUCCACUUGCUCUGUUUAAUUUUUUUCUGUUUUUUAUUUAUUUGUAUUUUAUGAGGCUGGUCGAUCUGCAGCCCUCUUGAGCCUGUUUAUACCCUGUGGACGUGACUCACGAGCAUUCCUCACUAACAGUGCCGUACCUCUGUCUCAUCCUAGCACAAAUUUCAGUUUUUGGCAUGGCGGUGCUUGUGGAUGCUACGGGAGACCAUUAAAACGAGGUUAUUACAACAAUAAUCAUAUGCAGCGACUAUGACGGAAGCUGCAUAUGGUUACGAUCAAAAAAACAAAUACAAAAUAACACAAAACUAAAAAAAAAAUAUUUGUACGACUACUUCCUCCAUAAGUGUAAGUAGUAAAUGCAAUGAUAGUCAUGAAUGGUUGCUAUGGUGACAGCAUACAGUGGCUGCUAUGCCACAGCUGUGAAUGGCUAUACUUGGUAGCCCUUGUUGCUCUCAUAGCCUCUCUUCUGAUAGCCACCAUGACCAUGUUCACAGUGGUGUGUCGGUCGUGUCUCUGGUCGCCCACAUCCGCCAUACGUUGGGAAUACUUUGGGUGACCAAGGUGUCCACUGCCCCAUACACUCGACUAACGCCCAGCACUUUCCUCUUUAAUAAUGGCCUACUCUUACAAACUCUUGGGAAAAAAAUGAUAAAAAAAAAUCAAUUAAGAAAAGUCUACCCUCAUUCCUUGUAUGUUAUCUUUUAAGUUGUUUUAUUUUUCUGUUUUACCACAAGUGGGUUUUGUUUCUGUGGUUGUAUUGUGUGCCAUCAUCCCCCUUAGCCCUGCCACUAUGGUUGUGUCUUGUCAUUAAUGCCUCAUUCAUGCCACUGUGGUUGUGCUGUGUCAUUAAUGUGUCAUCCAUGCCACUCUGGCUGUCUCUCUCGCCGUCAGUCUGUCCCAGGCCACCGUGGUUUCUUCUCCAAUAACCUAGUAAAGAGUAAAAGCAGUACAAUGAGGCUAGUCAAUGGUUUGCAUAAUUAAGUAGAAUCAAAAGUUGAAAUAGCGAAACCAUUCAGAUGAGUGCCUUCAAUGUCGAGAAUAUUUAUAGAGAGUUUAUUGAUUAGUGAUUUUUUGAUGAUCUAGAAUCCUACAUCUUCUGCCAAUUGGUUCGUAGUCGCCAUCACUUCAAAAUCUCCCGACUAGGUUCUCCCCUUAAUCUUGUGAGGAAAUAGUGACACAGAGUACUGUGUCUGAGAAGUUGUCCCCACCAAUCAUCCUUCAUGACAUUUGUUAUUCAUCACUGUACAUCAUCAACCUGUAGGAGGCAUUAUUUUCCUUUGUCAAAUUAUCUACAGUGAGAAGAUGAACUUGAUGUUCGUUGGGAGUGUUGAACGUUUUCUGUUCGAUAGACAUAUUUUAUAAAUGUUACAUUAUUGUUAAGGAUUAUAGUGGAAACAUCAAAGCAAAUGAAUAUUCGAAAAGAAAUUACUGUGGGAAAGUAUUGUUCAUUUGAAAGAGUCGCGAAAUGUAAAUAAUCAAAAUUUGCACUGUACAUAGGUAGCUGUAUACCUCAUCGAUCUGUUGUAGCCAGUUUUAUACACAAUAGCCAGGCUCUUUCAAAUAUUUGUAUAGCAUAAACGAAACACACCACGCUCCUCUCAGAGAUUAUGAGGAGACGUUCUAAGGAAAAAAAACAAGAGCUCGGUUAGUUUGUUGUUACCGAGCCUUAACAAAGAACAGCGAAGAAAAUGGAUCUCUUUCUAAAAUAGUUUUUUCUGACUCUAUGUGCCAUUGGCCAUUCUCGAAAGCCAUGUAAGCUCAGGAUAUACUUCGAUAUCUUCUUUUUUUCUGAUUUUUCCUACUUCGUGAAAAUCACUCUGACCUUUAGAUAGCUAUACGCGACUGGAUAUUAAUAAGAUUUUUUUUCUUCUUCUAUGUAAUCCAACAUAUAAGAAAAAAGGAAUUGUCCUGAAACAGUGGGUAUGUUCUGACGUGCCAAGAUAAGGUGAUCUCUCGUGACGGAGCUUACAUGAGUUUUUUUAUUUAUUUAUACAUAUAUAUUUUUUUCUUUUUUUGCUUGCUUAUAUUCCAGACGAAUCAAGAUUUCUAGAUAAAACUCAGGUCAAGUUCAGAA